GUUUGAGUGCAUCUGCUGCCUUUCCUCUCCACAUGCUCCACUGUGCACGCACGCAGAGGAGGAGAAGAACUGUCUUCAUCAAAACUUCGGUUAUGGACACAUAACCAACUGCACGGCUGACUUCGCGGGUGUUCAUCAGCUUAUUUCGUCUCCAGCUUCAACGUGUCUGAAGUGGCUGCCUCACCGAGUCGGACCGGAGGCCACCUGGUCUCUGAUCUGGUCUCCGGAGUCGGUGGAGACUCAACACGCUCCAUCGGGGCCAGGCUGUGCGCCUCCCGGAUCCGACCGGAGCCACCGCGCGCUCUCGAGAUGGACGUGAUGGAGAGGGAAGUCAUGGACAAGCUGGAGGACAUGUCAUCCGUGUACGAGUUCGACCCUAUCACCGGCAACAUCCCCGCUACCAAGGUGGAAGUCACCGUUUCUUGCAGAAAUCUUCUGGAUAAAGACACGUUUUCCAAGUCAGAUCCACUGUGUGUCCUCUACACACAAGGCGCAGAAACCAAACAGUGGAGAGAGUUUGGCAGGACUGAAGUAAUCGACAACACCCUGAACCCCGAUUUUGUUCGAAAGUACAUCCUGGACUACUUUUUUGAAGAGAAGCAGAGCCUUCGCUUUGACUUGUAUGAUGUUGACUCCAAAAGUCCAGACUUGUCCAAACAUGACUUUUUGGGACAGAUGUUCUGUACUCUUGGAGAGAUUGUUGGAUCACCAGCCAGUCGACUGGAAAAACCUCUUGGAGGGAUCCAAGGGAAGAAAUGCGGCACGAUCAUCCUGUCUGCAGAGGAGCUGAGCAACUGCAGAGACAGCGCCACUAUGCAGUUUUGUGCCAACAAGCUAGACAAGAAGGACUUCUUUGGGAAAUCAGACCCAUUUAUGGUAUUCUACAGAAGCAAUGAAGAUGGAACGUUUACGAUCUGCCAUAAAACAGAGGUGGUGAAGAACACGUUAAACCCAGCGUGGCAGCCUUUCACUAUUCCAGUCCGAGCACUUUGCAAUGGCGACUACGACAGAACAAUCAAAGUGGAGGUGUAUGAUUGGGAUAGAGACGGCGGCCACGACUUCAUCGGGGACUUCACCACCAGCUACCGAGAAUUAGCACGAGGGCAGAGUCAAUUCAAUGUGUAUGAGGUUAUAAAUACCAAGAAGAAAAUGAAGAAAAAGAAAUAUGUCAACUCUGGAACUGUGACGCUGCUCUCAUUCUCUGUGGAGUCAGAAUUCACAUUCUUAGAUUACAUCAAAGGAGGGACGCAGAUCAAUUUCACUGUGGCCAUCGAUUUCACAGCAUCUAACGGUAAUCCCUCCCAGUCCACCUCACUCCACUACAUGAACCCGUACCAGCUGAACGCCUACGCCAUGGCCCUGAAGGCUGUUGGGGAGAUCAUUCAAGAUUAUGACAGUGAUAAGAUGUUUCCCGCUCUCGGCUUUGGAGCCAAACUACCCCCCGAUGGACGAGUCUCACAUGAGUUUCCACUGAAUGGAAAUAUGGAGAAUCCUUACUGCAAUGGUAUUGAGGGCAUUUUAGAAGCUUACCACCAGAGUCUGAAGACAGUACAACUAUAUGGGCCAACCAACUUUGCACCGGUGGUGAACCAUGUCGCAAGGUACGCGGCGUCAGUGCAAGACGGCUCCCAGUACUUUGUGCUCCUCAUCAUUACAGACGGAGUCAUAUCUGACAUGGCUCAGACCAAAGAGGCCAUUGUUAAUGGUGCAAAGCUUCCAAUGUCCAUCAUCAUCGUGGGAGUGGGUCAGGCUGAAUUUGACGCUAUGGUGGAGUUGGAUGGUGAUGACAUUCGUGUCUCAUCCCGAGGGAAACUGGCAGAGCGAGACAUUGUCCAGUUUGUCCCUUUCCGAGAUUAUAUGGACCGGACAGGUAACCAUGUGUUAAGCAUGGCCCGUCUGGCAAAAGACGUGCUAGCAGAGAUUCCCGACCAGUUCAUUUCCUACAUGAAGAGUCGAGGGAUUAAACCCAACCCAGCCCCGCCACCGUACACGCCGCCCGGACUCACACACCACCACGUGCAAAUCUGACCAGAUGACAUUUUACCCAUGAAGCAGCCAUCUUCAUAAAGUUUGCUUUUUCUUGAAGAAAAGAUGCAAACUUCCCAGGACUCAAAAAAGCCUUUUUUUUUUAAUCAAAACUGCGGCGGAGACUGUUUGACGUCUAAAUGGACAGUUGGCCGGUGGAACAAAAAGAUCAUGUUGUGGUUAAAACUUGUGCCUGUCUGUGUUUCUGACAGUGUUUCAGGACAUGUCAACUUUGACCUGAAGGACUACUUCUCAGUCUUUGGUGUGGCCUAAUACGGUAACAUUUCCAGACACCUUUUCUUGUCUGGAAUUAGUUUUUAUAUUUGGAGAUGAUUUAUCUCCUUUACUCAAUGAUGCAUCAGGAAUGAUUAAUGAAAAAUACCCGUGUGGAGUUUACAAUUUGAUUUCUUUAAACAUCAAUCAGGUAUUUCAUACCCUCAGACCUUGCCCUUCUCUUACUGAGAAAAAGUUUAUAAGAACAUGAGUCCCCUUAUUUACAUUUUACUGGAAAAUAGUAUUAUUCAGAGUGGCAUGGACAGUUGAUAAAACUUCGGAAAAGCAAAACCUAUUUUUGUUUGAUUUCCAUAUUAAUAGCAGAUGGUUUCUACGAGCCGUUGCAGGUUCAUCCUUAUCCAUGAAUAUAUAUAAUUCCAAAUAACAUAAUUUAUUCCAAGAAUAUAAAGCAGAUUUAUCGAUAGAUUAUUUUUACAAGCGUGGUCAACAUUCUGGUUCAUUUUUCUUUUCUUACAAUUCUGCGCUGAUAACUUCAUAUUUGCUUGUUUGCAUUUGUUGACAUGCCACCAUUAUUAAAGGUUUUUUUUUCCAAAUAUCUUUUUUUUCUUGUACCACUUGACCAGUCUUUUUGUUGUUGAUGACUGUAUAUCACCUGCAUGUAGUUUUGCAGGAAAUUGCAAUUUUCUGGUGUGUGUUGGAACCUCUAAAGUCAGCCUCAGUCCAUCCCACUGGUAGAUAUCUGCUUUGUUUAUACCCUCAAACAUUUUUUCCAUGGGAAAUGCUGAAAAUCAAACGAAACGGUCACAGGGUCCAAAUGACACCACUGGCAGCUCGUCGUCCGGUGCACAUUGUCGUUUUUUUCUCAACAUUGUCAGCCUUUUGUAAUGUUAGCCAUAAUGAACUACAAACAAAGACAGAGACGUAUGUAGCGCAAUCAUUACUUGCAUAUGGCAAUGCCAAUGCGGUCCAUUUCCAGUUCUAUCACACAGUUCCUCUUUGACAUCACUGGUACCAAAUCUGUGAUUCGUCUCACAAAGAAAGCCAAAGAAAAAGAAAAAUAUAAUUUUGUAGACCCUUUUGAUUCAAAUCUAAAAAUAUAUGACAGAUGUGAGCUCCGCAGACUUGAGGUAUUAUUAUUAUUAUUAUUAUUAUUAUUAUUUGUUUUCAAAAUUACCAAAACCUAGUCCAACUCAUCUACGCUCAGAUCGACAUGGGUCCCAAAAUUAAACCCCUUUGUGUUUAAAUAAAUGGGACCCUUUAAAAACUCAACAACAACAAAAAGUUGCCUUUUACACAAUUCACAAUAAGGCAUUAGAUUAUAACCAUCAGUGUUGAAACACGAUAAUAAUAUUUAAUAUUUUUGUCCAAAUUCUUCUCAAGUCGCUAUCUUCACUUAUUCAUGCAAGCUUUUGGUUUUCAUCCAAAUUUUCCAUGAUGACUAUUUUUGAGGUGUCCUAUGCUUUUAAAGAAAACACAGAUUUAUUUAUUUAUUAUUUUAUUUUAUUCUCCUCGUUUCCCAAUGUAGCAUUCAGAGAGAUGUACAAUUCGUUCACUUUAUUUCACGUUUGGACACAAGUACAGCUGGAAGGCAGAAUAUUUUGCAUAGAAGGAAACCAUUUACAGUACACAUGUAAAUGUGAUCAAUAUGCAUGAGAAUAUAAUAUCUGAUUUGCCUAUUGAUCCCGUUAGCACUUUAAAUAUUAAAGCGUACUUAUUGAAUAUGUUUGAUAUUUUUGGAGAGGAAUUGCUACUAAUAUUUUUUUUAUAUUGUAUGAAAGGUCAUUGCUUCUGCCAUCAAUUACAUCUAAUUUCCCUUUAGGGUUGUGAUUUUCAAUAUGCAUAGCUGCAUGUGUCCUGAACUGUUUUAUACAGUUACUGCCAUUUUACGAAAUAGAAACCUGUUCAACAAGCCAACAUGCAUGGGAGUGUGCUGUUUCUUCUCCAUUGUACCUGCUUCUUCUAACAUUUCUUCUCUCACCAGUGGUUAAAAAAAAAACUACAUUGUAGCAUGUAAUUAGCAUGUUACGAUUUAUUUAUUUUUGCAAUGCCACAAUCUAUCUUUGUUGUUUAUUGUAGAAUUGAUUUCUCUUUGUUUUAUUUGCAUGACACUCUGCUUUCCUUUAUUGUACAUGAUUAGUGUCAAAUGGUUGGUUGUGAAAUGCUUUGUAAU